UUAGAAGAGUUCACGGAAUGUCAACAUGAGAGAGAGAUAAAAGCAUCGUCGAAAUGGUCUUCGAAAGCCUGGUGGUAGAUGUCCUCAACCGAUUCUUAGGGGACUACGUUGUCAAUCUUGACAGCUCACAGCUAAAACUUGGCAUAUGGGGAGGUGAUGUUGUUCUUAGAAAUCUUGAAAUCAAGGAAAAUGCCUUGAGUCAACUUGACAUUCCAUUUAAAGUAAGAGCUGGUCACAUAGGACGUCUGGAGCUAAAAAUUCCAUGGAAGAACCUUUACAACCAAUCUGUGGAGGCUACAUUGGAUGGUGUCUAUUUGCUCAUAGUCCCCACAGCAAGUAUAAAGUACGAUGCAGAAAAGGAGGAGAAACAGCUUCAGGAGGCUCGUCAGAGGGAACUACAGAGGAUAGAGGAGACGAAGCUCAAAGCUGCUGAGCAAGAAAACCCUAAACUAGAGAAGCAGGACACCUUUGUGGAAAAGCUUGUUACUCAAGUCAUCAAAAACCUGCAGGUCAAAAUCUCUAACAUCCAUGUUCGCUAUGAAGAUAAUGUUACUAAUCCAAACUGCCCUUUGUCAUUUGGAGUAUCACUCAAAAACCUCAGUCUUCAGACGGCUGAUAAGAACUGGAAUCCCAGUAUUUUGGAUGAGAACUCCAGACUUUUCUUUAAGCUGGUUCAACUGGAUAACUUGUUUGCCUACUGGAAUGUCCACUCAGUGCUCUUUUCCAGUCAUAGUGCCGAUAAGGCAUUGCAAUGUCUCCAGAGCAGCAUGGAAGCCCACAGUUCUCGUCCUGUUGGUCACAACUUCAUUUUUCGUCCAAUUUCAGCAGAUGCUAAAUUGCGAAUGAAUCCCAGGUCGGAUGUGGAUUUCUCUUCUCCUAAAGUGGACCUAAUGGUCAAUCUCAGUGAGGUGGCUAUUGAACUCAACAGACCUCAGUACAUUAGUAUCUUGGAGCUGCUGGGCUCCGUCGAUAUGAUGUCACGGAACCUGCCAUACAGGAAGUACAGGCCUGUGGUCCAUGUUCACAAGAAUGCUUCCAUAUGGUGGAAAUAUGUGGUCACAGGAAUCCUGGAGGUGGAGGUGAAGCCACGUCUCCACAUGUGGUCAUGGCAACACAUUCGGCGGCACCGGAAGAUGGUAAAGUGUUACAGAGAGCUCUACAAGGCAAAGAUCACCAGCAAGAAACCCAGUGACGAGCUUCUCAAGCAACUACAGGAAAAUGAAAAGGCCUUGGAUAUUUUUAACAUCACAUUGGCCAGACAACAAGCUGAAGUGGAGGCAAGUAAGGCAGGGCUGCGCAUUUAUCGUCCAGGGAUGAAGAUGGAGGAGGAGGAGUCUCAGGGCUGGUUAAACUGGAUGUGGAACUGGGGAGGAGAAGCUAAUACAAAAAGAAAGAGGAUCAAGACUGGAGGUUUUGAUGAGCUGUUGACCCCUGCUGAGAAAGCCAAACUCUACACUGCCAUUGGCUACAGUGAAACAGCUGUUAACCCCAAUCUGCCAAAGAAUUUUGAGGACAUGAAGAUCAAUUUCCUCAUGGAAAGAUUGUCUGUGUCCAUCAAAGAUGACAAGGACAGAAAUGAGAUCAUCAGGCUGACUGUGGGAGAGCUCAAGUCCACACUCACACAGAGACCUGGAGCACAAGCCAUCAAACUCACAGCCCGGCUUAGUUUGUUUGAAGUCACUGGUCAAUCCAGUAACAGGCCGGCACCAACCCUCCUUUCAUCAAGGAAGGCAGCUACAGCAGCUGGAACCCCCCUGCUUUGCAUCCUGUUUGAGACCAACCCAUUGGAUCAGAGUGCUAACCAGCGGCUUCAUGUUGAAUCUCAACCCCUGGAAAUCAUCUAUGAUGCUACAACGGUGAACAGCAUGUCAGCAUUCUUCAUGCCUCCUGAUGACCUGCAGCUGGAUGAGCUCACAAAUGCAACUUUGAUGAAACUGGAGCAGUUUAGAGACCGGACAGCCACUGGUUUACUGUAUGUGAUCGAAACACAGAAAGUUCUUGACCUCAACUUAAACUUGAUGGCCUCCUACGUCAUAAUUCCUCAGAGUGGCUUUUAUGAUGGAACGCAGAACAUCUUGCUGUUGGAUCUUGGCCACUUCAAGAUGUCCAGUCAAAGCAAGAAGGAUCUGCCUCAGCUGUCAGUGUGUUCCAGCAACAUUGAAGACAUCAUGUCCAGAGCAUAUGAUAGCUUUGAUGUGCAACUUAGCAGCUUACAGUUUCUUUACAGCAAACCAGAUGGAGACUGGAAAAAAGCCCGCAAACAGAGACAGUCCCUGCUUCACAUCCUGGAGCCUGUGGAUCUGAAAGUGGUUUUCAGCAGGGCGAUGGUUGUCAAAGACUCCCGCAUGGCAAAGUAUAAGAUGUCUGGAGAACUUCCUCUGUUGUCUCUCCGAAUUUCUGAUGACAAACUUCGAAGUGUGUUGGAGCUGGUCGAUAGUAUCCCGCUGCCUGAGAGCAGACCUGCUGCACGUAGCACUAGUUCAUCCUCAAAUCAAAAGUCUAGGCAGUCGUUCACACCUAAGCUCACUCCAAGAAAGCCUCUGAACUUAGCAGACCAGCGCUCUUCUCUCAUUUUCGAGUCAUGCGAGACCAUCAGCAUCACUUCAUUGGGGUCGGAAGAAGAUUUAUUCUAUGAUGCUCCCAGUUCUCCCAUUGGAGAUACGCCAUUCUUCCCAGAUAAUCCCAUGCCUCUGCGCUAUGCAGAUUUAAACAAAAGAAAGAGUCUUAUUAAAGAAGAUGCUCAGAAGAACAUGACUGACUUGAUCCUGACAUUUGAGAUCAGUGAGUUUUCCGUUCAGUUGUGUCGUGUGUCAGGAGACCAGGAGGUUACCGUUCUCCACCUGGACAUAGAGCGUCUGGGCACGGAGCUGAAGUUACGCACCUUCGACAUGACGUCCAACACCUACCUGCGAGAGAUUUGCCUCAAGUGUCCUGAAUACAUGGAUUCUGAAGAGAAGCAAGUUCAGCUGAUCACCACUCUUGACAACACUGAAGUUGAUCUUCUUACCUUGGAGUACAUCAAAGCUGAUAAAAAUGGUCCAGAGUUCAAGUCUCAACAUAACAACACUGAGCAGUUUAUCAAGGUGACCUUCUCAUCCCUGGAUGUUCAUCUCCAUACGGAGGCUCUUCUCAACACCAUAAAUUUCCUCAACAACCUCAUUCCUCAGUCAACCAAGAAGGAAGGAGGACAGGAGGAGCUCCCCACCAUCCCUGAGGAGGACGAGGCAGAGAAGGAGGGAGAGAAGAAGGAGGAAACUGCUGUAACCAAGAAAAAAACUUCAAAAAGAUCCAAGUUUGCAGAUGUGGUUAAUCUUCAUAUCAGAGCUGAUCUCCGCUGCCUGAAAGUGUUCAUUCGCGGACAAAAAGCCAGGAUCUCAGAGAUCAGUAUUGAAGGUCUGGUUUCUGAGGUCCUAAUGAGGAAAAAGGAGAUGGAGGUCCAAGCCAACCUGAAAAACAUUAUUAUCUUGGACUGCAACAAAGAUGCCUUCUACAAGAAGGCUGUGUCUAUUGCUGACAGGGAAGUGUUUGCCUUCCGGAUGAUAAACUAUACAGACGCAACAGAAGGAGGUGCCUAUCUGGACAUGUCUAAAGUUGACACCUCUGUAACGCUGACAGUGGGAUGCAUUCAGGUCAUCUUUCUCAACAAGUUUGUCUCCUCAAUACUGGCAUUUAUCAAUAAUUUCCAGGAAGCUAAAGAGGCGUUGGCUGAGGUGACAGUCCAGGCUGCGGAAAAGGCAGCAUCAGGUGUGAAGGAACUGGCAGAGCGAAGCACACGGAUUGCUCUGAAUGUUCACUUCAAUGCACCUGUCAUCUUCCUCCCUCAGUCUUCCUCUUCUUCAAAUGUCAUCGUUGCUGAUCUCGGCCUCCUGUCUGUCAAAAACUGUUUUGCCAAGCAGCCAUUUCAAAGCGAUUCUACAAUCCCACCGGUUGUGGAUAUAAUGACUGUGAAACUGACAGACCUCAAAAUGUACAGAACUACUUACAUAAAUGGGGGUUUUCAGGGAGAGAGUCAGCUGUUAAAGCCAGUCAGCCUGGACUUGGAAAUCCAGAGAAACCUGUCAUCCAACUGGUAUCACAGCAUCCCUGACAUAGAGAUCACUGCUCAUCUAAAGCCAAUGAGUCUAAUCCUCUGCCAGGAUGACAUGAUUGUGGUCUUGAGGACUUUGAGCGAGAACCUAUCGGAGAAGUCUGAUGCUGUUCCACCUCCAGCUGCUUUGCCCAUCGCUGACCGCUCCUCUGACUCUGUAUCCAACAAAGAGUCCCAGGACUCUGGAGCCACUGGACCUGCUAGCAGCAACACAGUGGUGACAGCUGCUGUCGUGGAGACACAGAAAGAGGGCAAGUUGAAGACCACCCUCAAAUUAAACUUCAAGUUUGACUGCAUGACGCUGGCCCUUUACAGCCCUAAUGAGAAUGAGUUGCUACAGUUAAAUUCACAUGAUGAGCAACUGAAGCUGGCAGAGUUUACUCUGGGUGCCAUCUCCACCUCUGUGCACAUGUUCUCCAACAGCUCCAUGAAGGCUUCAGUCCGACUUGCAGAGUGCCUUCUAGAUGACAAAAGACCAAAAAUCAAGAUGGUUACCCCAAGGAUGAUGGCAAUGCGUCCUGGUGCAGAGCAGAACAUGAUGGUGGAGGUGAACUACCGUCAAAACCGUGAUGGCACCAUUUUAGACACUGUGGUGCAGGAUGUGAACCUGUGUGCCAGCAUGGAGUUCCUGCUAACGGUAGCAGAUAUCUUUCUUAAGGCCACCCAGCAGGGUUUUGCUCAGGUGCCACAGUCCAAGAACACUGCUGGUGCUGGAGAGAAAAGGAACAUCAACUCCUCUGUCACUUCUAAAGAUUCCAGUACAGCUCUGGUAUCAAAGAUGGAGAUAAAUGUUCUGGUGCGUAACCCAGAGAUUGUGUUUGUGGCUGACCUGACACGUGCUGAUGCCCCAUCCCUGGUGAUGACCACCCACUGUGAGCUUCAGAUGAAAUCUAGUGCAGAAGGAUCAAUGAUGACUGCUGCUAUCAAUGACCUGAAGGUUAUGGCGUGUCCCUUCUUAAGAGAAAUGAGGAAAAACAAUGUGACCACCGUACUGCAGCCUUGUCAGGUGUUCUUUCACAGUACUCAGUCCCCAACUUCCCCUCAGAUUAUGGAGGUGUCCAUCAAUUCUCUCUCACUGAAGGUAUCACCAAUAAUCAUCAACACAGUUAUUACCAUUCAGUCAGCACUGACUCCCAAGGCAGAGACCCCCGGGGACCUGGACAGCCCUGUUCCUGUGGACUUAUGGCAGAAACGGAGCUGGAAGGAGCUCCAGCUCUGGUUUUUAGAAGAGGAGGGCGAUGAAGACACAAAGUCACUGACCCCUUUGAUACCUCAGGGAGAGUCCUUAAAGGUGUGCAUAAAAUCUAUCUGUGUGACACUGGAGGCUGGAGUGGGACACAGCACCGUUCCCAUGCUUCUGGCCAAGUCCUCCUUCUCUGGAGAUGUGAAAAACUGGUCCACACUCAUUAACUUGCACAGCGAGCUCAACCUAGAGGUUCACUACUACAAUGAGAUGGUUGGUGUGUGGGAGCCAUUGCUGGAACCCUUAGAAGAUGACAACAAAGAUGGUUUCAGACCAUGGACACUGGAACUAAAGAUGAAGAAGAAGCCUGUGAAGCAAGCAUAUUUCUCAGACGAGGUGGAUAACUUUGUCCCAGACUAUAAGACAGUCAUCGUCAUCAGCAGUAAUGACCAGCUCAACAUCACACUGUCUAAAUGUGGACUCGCCAUGCUGAGUAACCUGGGCACAGCAUUUGCAGAGGCUGCCCAACAGACAGCUGAGUGUUUCCAAAAGGAUGAAGCUCCAUUUGUAGUGAAAAAUCGUCUGGGCCUGCCAGUUUCUGUCCGUCACAGUGAGAUGUUUUGUCCCAUCAGUAAGCAGAGCACCAACAACACAGUGGAGCUUCAGGAUGGUGAAACUCUCGGGAUGGACUAUUCAACCAAAACUGACUCUGAUCAGUUCUCAGCCAUGAUCUCCCUCAGUGGAAAAGACUACUACAUCCAACCUACUCCUGUGGGGCACACCUCAGCCAGUGUGAUCCCCUUGAUCAAAGUGGGCAGGGGAAUGUACAGUGUGAUGCACCAAAACUCUGGAGUCACUCGUUUCCUGGUUUGUCAGAUUUACUCUUUGAAGGGCAGCAAGUUCAUCAAGAUCCGCUCUCCUUUUCAGAUCAUCAAUCAUUUCUCAAUACCAUUCAAAGUUUUUGAAGGAUCUGUUUGUCUGGGUUCAGCUCUUCCUACUGAGGAGUUCUCUGUGCCUCUGGACUCGUAUAGGUCUGAACUGAGUCUUCAGCCAAUAACAGGGGAUGAUGCCGAUGAUCAAAGUCAACAGUUUGAGUGCUCAGAGGGCUUCAGUUAUGAGGAUUUCAACAACCAUCUCCCUGAGAAGCACCUCCAGCAGACCUGCCGUCGCCACGGGGAUCAGGGUGGUGUUAUGACGAUCAACAUGGUUCCAUUAAGGGAUACAGUAACAUUCAAACACACGGGAGGUGUUGGGGAGAACUUUGAUGUGCCCUUUGUGCUUCACCUGUGGCCCUCUGUCCUGUUACGUAACCUCCUGCCUUACCCCAUCGCCUACAAACUAAAGGACAGUGGAAUUUCUGCCCCUGAGGCUACUCUGAACCCAGGCCACUCUGCUGAACUCCACACUGCUGUCAUCAACCAGUCAAGUCUUGCUCUCCGCCUGUUGGAUUACUUGGCUCAGGACUGGUCUGCUGAAUACAGCCUCCACAGUGGCCAGGAUGAAAUCACCUUCAUUGUGUUCCAGUCUCUACAAGAGGAUGAUGAAGAUGUUGAAGAAGGGACAGAGCAGAAGAGAGCUGAGUUGGACAUUGCAGUCCAUGUUAAAUAUGAUCCAGGACAGACUGAGAUUGCUAUCCAUUCACCAUACUGGAUGGUGAAUAAGACGGGCAGGUUGCUACAGUACAAGGCUGACGAUAUCCACCGUAAACACCCGUUCAACUAUGACAAGCCCCUGCUCUUCUCCUUCAAGCCGCGGCACUUUCUGAGAAACAAUAAGAUCCGUCUUAUGAUCUCUGAUAGUGAACUGUCAGAUGACUUCUCCCUGGACACAGUUGGUAGCCAUGGAGAUGUGAAAUGUAAAGGCAGAUACAAAGAUUAUCUGGUUGGUGUAAAGAUUGAUGCAAGCAGUUUCAGCCUGACCCGCAUCGUGACCUUUGUACCAUUUUACAUGCUGGUUAACAGAACCAAGCAUCGUGUCUUCAUAUGUGAGGAGGGGCAAGAAAAUUGGACUGAAGCUCAGCCAGACCAGUCAGCUGUUCCAUUCUGGCCUGAAAACGACACCAAGCGGCUGAAGAUCAAAGUAGACGGCUGCUUAGCGCCUCCUCUGACUAUUGACUUUACACAACCAGAGAACUGCCUUUUGUUACGUCUGGACAGUUCUGUGGGUGGAAUCAUUGUAGAUGUGAAUCUAUCAGAGCACUUGGCCACAAUUCGAUUCUCUGAGUACCAUGAUGGGGCAGCCCCCUUUCUCCUCAUCAACCAUACUAAAGACCAGACUCUUCACUUCUACCAGAGCCCCCUGACGGUGUCCUCGUGGGUGGCUGACGAUCUGCUUGACCUCUCCUUCUCAAUGGAGGAGGACAGUACUCAAAAAGAGGUAGAACAGGAGGAGCUGGAGGCUGGGAAAGCGCUGUACUACACCUGGAAAGCGCCCACUGGGUCCCGAGAGCUUUGCUGGAAGUGUGGCAGUUAUACUGGGAAGCUGAGAAGCGAGGAGGACCUGCGUAAGGACAUGAACAAUGACGGGAAACUUUUUGUCAUUUCCUUUUAUGAAGGUCUACAACGUGUUGUGCUGUUCACUGAGGAUCAACAGGUCUAUAAACUGGUCUGUGGGAAUGAAAAGGUGCAGUUGGCCGAACAGGAAAUCAUCCUGUCGCUUCAGAACGUGGGUGUGUCUUUGGUCAACAACACCACCAGCCAGGAGGUUUCAUUUAUUGGGAUCACAAGCUCUGAUGUGGUUUGGGAGCUCAAGCCUAAGAAAAAGAACCGGUGGAAAACUCUGAGCACUAAAGAAACUCAGAUGCUGGAGAGCAAAUUUCAGGAAUACAUUGAAUCCGGGCCCAUAGACCACGCCAUCGUCGACCUGGAGAACAACUUCCAGGUGUCCUUUACACCCAAUGGUAUGGAUAUGCAAAUGCUUCAGCCGACUGAUGCUCCUCUCAGGAGGCACUUCCUGCCUGGGGUGAAGGUGGAGUACAGCGUCUCACCACGACAGAGAACCUAUCGAGUCCAGAUCCACCGCAUACAGAUCCAGAAUCAGCUGCCAGGCGCCAUCUUCCCCUACGUGUUUUACCCUGUAAAACCGCCAAAGUCUAUUGCUAUGGACUCAGAACCCAAACCUCUAACUGAUAUCUGCAUUAUUACCAGAGCAGCAGGACACUCGGAUAUCUCUCGCAUCAAGUAUUUCAUGGUGUUAAUUCAAGAGAUGAAUCUGAAACUUGAUCUUGGCUUCCUGUAUGCCAUCCUGGACCUGUUCUCCCCUGAGAACGCCAGCAUCAGGACUUCAGAACAGGAGGUGGAACUGUUUGAAAAGGACAUAGAGUACAUGAAGACAGAGCUAAACUACGUCUCUGCAGCUGAUACGUCUCCUAUCAGCCUCUAUGAGUACUUCCACAUUUCCCCUAUCAAGCUGCACCUGAGUUUCUCUCUGAGCACAGGAGGUGAAGAUGGUUUGAAAGAAAAGAGAGAUACAGAACUUAUUCCUCUGCAGUCCCUCAACCUGCUGCUGAAGAGCAUCGGAGCAACUCUCACUGAUGUGCAGGACGUCGUCUUCAAAUUGGCCUUCUUUGAGUUGACUUUCCAGUUUUGUACUACUCAGCAGCUACAGUGGGAGGUCAUCAGACAUUAUUCGAAGCAGGCUAUUAAACAGAUGUAUGUGCUUGUGCUGGGCCUGGAUGUGCUUGGAAACCCCUUUGGGCUGAUCAGAGGAUUGUCAGAGGGUGUGGAGGCAUUCUUUUAUGAACCCUAUCAGGGCGCCAUACGGGGUCCUGAGGAGUUUGUUGAAGGAAUGGCUCUCGGUGUGAAGGCUCUGGUUGGAGGAGCUGUGGGGGGCAUAGCGGGUGCAGCUUCAAGGAUCACAGGUGCCAUGGCAAAGGGUGUAGCUGCAAUAACCAUGGAUGAGGAAUAUCAGCAGAAGAGACGAGAAGCUAUGAACAGGCAACCGAGUGGUCUGAAAGAGGGACUGACAAGGGGUGGAAAAGGACUUGUUUCUGGAUUUGUCAGCGGAAUCACAGGGAUUGUUACCAAACCUAUUAAAGGAGCCCAGAAGGAGGGUGCAGCAGGCUUCUUUAAAGGUGUUGGCAAAGGUUUAGUUGGUGCCGUAGCCCGGCCCACAGGAGGCAUUAUUGAUAUGGCCAGCAGUACCUUCCAAGGGAUCAAGAGGGCUGCAGAGACCGCACAAGAUGUUGAACCUCUACGUCCUCCUCGCUUCAUACAUGAAGAUGGCGUCAUACGCCCGUAUAAGGAGAGGGAGGGCAUCGGGAGUCAGAUGCUUCAGAAAAUUGAGAACGGUCGUUUUGCCAAGUAUAAAUACUUUGCUCAUGCCAAGGUCAAUGACUCUGACUUCUUCAUGAUCACCAAGAGGGGAAUCUUUUUUGUGACUAAAGGCACGUUUGGCCAGCUGACCUGCGAGUGGCAGUAUCUCUUUGAAGAAUUCACAAAGGACCCAAUGAUUGUAGAGGACCGCCGACUUCGCAUCGAGGCCAAGGAAAGAGUGAAAUCAGUCUUCCACGCCAAAGAGUUUGGGAAGAUCAUCAACUUCAGAACUCCUGAGAUAGCCAAGUGGGUUCUUGCCAAAUUGGAAGAUGCCAGAGAGAGUUUACCCAAAUACUGAAGAGCAAGAAGUACUUAACACACACAAAUGUUCAUAGUGUGUGUGUAUGUGUGCCAGUGCCUUUAGUCUUUACUGCAUGCUUGUUUUGUUUCCUUUCAUGUGUGAGCAGUGCAAACACUAUGCUGUAUGUCGAUUGUUGGUGUGUGUUUGGUAUGAAAGAUGUAUGAGAAGUGCUAUAAAUCAGUUACAGUACGAGUUGAUCACAGAUGCCGAGAAUGCUUUGAACCAAACUCUUUCAUCCUCUUUUCUCUGAUUGCACUUGUCUUUUUUGCACAACUAUACUAAAUGUUUUAUUGAUUGGUUUAAUGAAAGAAUGACAUUGUCUUGAGUUUACAAAUAAACAUUUUGUAAUAUCUGCUUAAAUCCAAAAUGCUGGUUUAAAUUGAAGUAUUUCAGUACUUAGGUUGCCAUGAUGAAGUGUGAAACAUUCAGUCACUAAUUUUAUUCCAUUUCAUUGCCACCAAUUAUUUUUCAAGUUGUUUACGGGCUAAAAAUGUCGCUACAAAAGCUGGAAAAUCUCCUGAACAACAAUGAGGCCAAAUUAACCACAACUGUUGUAGCACAUGUUUGACACUGUUUAUUUUACUGGAUUGUAUAAAAGGGAAACAACUUUCUGUUAGUAGGAGUUUCACUUUAUUGUUCUCAUAAUUAUAGGUGACUUAUUUUUUAUUUACUUAAUUUUUUUUCUACACAUUUCUGCAAAAUGGACUGUUCAGUGUGUGGUUUAGAGAUGCAUGAUAUUUUUAUACUGUACUUAUGUAUCAAUUUGUUGUAUAUUCCAAUAGUAUAAUAUUCUCUCUGUACAUACUCAUCCUGACAUCAGUAUGAUGCAGAUUGUAAUUUGUGAUUUUUAUGUUUUUAUACCACACAUAUGCAACGCUAAAUGUGUUGAUGAAAAAUGCAGAGAAAAUGUAUUUAAAGAGAGGAAUGCUAAUUAUAGUCAACUAAUGUUUACUCUUAUACAUGUCAAAAGUUUGCUUUUGGUUUGGGGCAUGUUAAAGUUUAAUAUAACUAAAUAUUUCUGCCAUUUCUUUCUUUUUUUUCCUUUUGUUGUCAGGGAAGCAAAAAUAAUCACUGCAGUGACUUUUUUUUUUUUCAUUCCGUUUUCAGAAAAUAAAAUAUCUGCUUCAA